UCGGCAUGCGGCGGGCUGCGACGGCGGCGCCCGGCUUGUGCGUGCUGCUCUUCGGCGUGUCGCUGGCCUGCUACUCGCCCAGCCUGCGCUCGGUGCAGGACCAGGCGUACUCGGCGGCCGUGGUGCUGGAGGGCAAGGUGCAGGCGCUGCCCGCCUCCGCCGCCGCCCCGACGGGCAACGGGAGCCGGGCCGAGGAGGGCGCCGACGGCCCCCCGCCGCCGCCGCCGGGCAUCCUGGUGAAGGUGCUGGACCUCUGGCCCCUCAACAGCGGCGGCCUGCAGCGGGAGCAGCUCAUCCGCGUGGGCUCCGCGCCCGCGCCCUGCUCCAAAGUCAAGCGCAACCACCGCUACAUCUUCUUCCUGGAGCCCACCGAGCAGCCGCUCGUCUUCAAGACCUCCUUCGCCCCGCUCGACACCAGCGGCAAGAACCUCAAGAAGGACGUGGGCCGCAUCCUGUGCGCCGACUGCGCUGUCCGUCCAAAGCUCAAGAAAUUGAAGAGCUUGAAUGUGGAAGUGGGAGCAAAAGUUUCUAUGAAAUGCGAGGCAAGUGCUGGAAAUCCCCAGCCAUCCUACAAAUGGUUCAAAGAUGGCAGAGAACUGAAGAAAAGCAAAGAUAUCCGCAUAAAAUAUGGGAAUGGAAAAAAAAAUUCCAGAUUGCAAUUCAAUAAAGUGAAAGUAGAAGAUGCAGGUGAAUACACUUGUGAAGCCGAGAAUGUGCUGGGCAGAGACACCGUCCGGGGCAGUCUGAAUGUGAAAAGUGUCACUACAACUCUCUCCUCUGGGCCUGGACACACUAGACAAUGCAAUGAAACAGUCAAGUCCUAUUGCGUCAACGGUGGCGUGUGCUACUACAUUGAAGGCAUAAAUCAGCUGUCCUGCAGGUGUCCGAACGAAUUCACAGGGGACCAGUGUCAGAACUUCGCAAUGGCCAGCUUCUCCAAGCACCUUGGAUUAGAAUUAAAGGAAGCUGAGGAGCUGUAUCAGAAGAGAGUUCUAACCAUAACUGGGAUUUGUGUUGCAUUGCUUAUUGUGGGAAUAGUGUGUGUGGUAGCCUACUGUAAAACCAAAAAACAGAGAAAUCAAAUGCAUAACCAUUUGCGGCAAAAUAUGUGUCCAGCCCAUCAGAACAGAAACCUUGCAAAUGGCCCUAGUCACCCCCGGCUGGACCCUGAGGAAAUUCAGAUGGCUGAUUAUAUGUCGAAAAAUGUUCCUGCUACUGAGCAUGUCAUACGAAGGGAAACGGAGACCACUUUUUCAGGGAGCCAUUCCUGCUCACCAUCCCACCCGUGCUCCACAGGGACUCCGAAUUCAAGGCAAAGACAUGGAAGCCACACUUGGAGCUUGGAGCAGACAGAAAGCCUGACUUCGGACUGUCAGUCUGGGAUUAUGCUGUCUUCGGUGGGGACCAGCAAUUGCAACAGCCCUGCCUGCGUGGAGGCUCGCGCUCGGAGGGAGGCUGCCUAUGCCAGUGAGGAGCAGAGGAGGCCCAUGAUGCAAUACAGAGACUCCGUGGAUUCCCUUCGAGACUCGCCACAUAGUGAGAGGUACGUAUCUGCCUUGACCACCCCAGCACGCCUGUCGCCGGUUGACUUCCAUUGCUCCGUAUCAGCCCACAUGCCCACCUUUGAGAUCACUUCUCCUAAUUCAGCUCAUGCAGUCUCUCUGCCUCCUGCAGCAUCCAUUAGCUUCCAGGUGGAGGAACAGCAGCCAUUGCUCCGAAGGUACCAGAUCCCUUCCCAAGAUAUGCAAAGGUAUGAGAGUUACUACCAAAGAAGGAGCUACCUGAACGAGAGCACGGGGAGCUUGCCCUCCAGUCCCUUCCGCAUCACGGAGGACGACGAAUAUGAGACGACACACGAGUACAUCUCUGUGCUAGAUCAGCCAAAGAGAGCGGGCAGCAACAACAGGCGGUGGAGAAAAUCGAAACUGAAUGGGCACCUGUCACACAGGGGCAAAAUGCUGAGAGACUCCUUUUCAGUGAGCAGCGCCUCGUACAGUGAAUCUGAUGAGGAGCUGGUGGCCGAGAGCACGCCUUUCCUAAGUAUGAGAAACAUGGAGGCAAUGGACCCCGAUUCACCCCCUCUCUAUCGCCUGGCCGAUAGCAGGACUUACUAUUCCUUCGACAGAUGCAACACGCAGGGAGGGAACCAAGUGACACAUAACAGCAGAUCCCGCCAAGAUUCAGCACCACCUUAGAGGCCACACCGACUCUCCCUCAUGCCCACUCCCAUGAACACACCAGGACUGAGGAAGCGGGGAGGAAUAACAGAAAAGACAAAUUUUUAUUUUAUAUAUAAAAAAGAAAAAAAUAUGAAAUGUUUUAUUUUCAUUUUAGCAAUGAUGUCUUAUAAUAGCUAAUGGCAAAGACCUUUUUAUAAGGAAUCUCUAUUUAUACGUAACAUCUUGAUUUACAGCUUCUGAGAAAAGAAGAAAUCAACAAAAAAAAAUUAAAGAGAUGGGCCAAUUUUUGACUACUUACAAAUCAUUUAAAAAAAACAAAAUUCGUGGUGCCUUUUGCUGUACGCUAAUGCCAGAGUCCACAAUGAAAAUUACGUUUAAGCAUUCUUGAGAUCAUAAGCUUUAUGUUUAGGACAACUUGUUAUGGAAUAUUUUAAUAAGCACUUUUCCAUUUGAACACAAACACCCUUUUAAAUUGCUUGAUAUCUGGAUGUUGGUAAUCUAGUGCUUUUAAAGUGUUGCGCACACAUACACUUUCUCUUUUGUGCUCUCUCUCUCUCUCUCUCUCUCUCUCUCUCUCUCACACACACACACACACACACAUACAUACACACCAUAUGUGUCAAUGUUUCCAUAAGUCCCUUUCCCUUUCAGGGAAAAUAAUAUGUACUGGUAAUUACGUUUUUUAAUACAAGACAAGUAGGAAGUUAAUAAAGCACACAGUAGCAACAGCCCUUACAAUAUAUCACUUAGUUUAAACAGAUCCACGAGCAAGGGGAAACCAGAUAAUCAAACAAAUUAAAUACUUCAAAGCAGUGUGGUUAAAUAGGACUACUUCAAGAAAUGCUGAUUCUGAGAUCUGCUUCAGCCCUGCUACUGAGCACAAGCGCUAGCUCUUCAUCGGUGACUCUGAGCAUCUGCUGUCUGUUCUUCAGAGCCAAAAAGGUGUAGCCCAGAUUCUGAUGCUAGCUUGGUCAUAAAACAAAACGAGGAAGGUUCAGGGGCUGUUGAUGACGUGUGCGCACCUAUUUUAAAAGCCCAAAGUGAGCUAAGAAUUUCCUGAAGUACAUCACCCGAACACUAGCUGUCUCCUCCUCCUCCUUGUCCCAAGUAGCGUCACCAGCAUGCUGGCUCUUGCCGCUACCUCCCCCCCCCCCGAAAGAAACACAAUAAAUGCCACUAUCAGUGUGCCCUGUUUUGUAAAGACAGUUGUUAUUGUAACGUUCUAGCGUUUCAUAAUGACUUUCUUAAAAAUAUCUAUCUACAUAUUUUAGCAAGCCGCACGGCAUCCCAUCGGGUCACUAGCAGCUCUGAGACAACUUCUUUGUACAGCUGGCAAGAAAACUCCCAUGACAGAGAGAGAUCCCUUCUUUCCUUUCCAUUCCUCGUGGGGCCCUCCAGUUUACAUCCUAGCCUGCCUCUUUUCUUUUUCUCUUUUGACUUCUGCAUGUCCUUUGCAUUUCAGAUACUGUAGAUUGGAUGCAUGGAGAAGCUGUGACUGAGAAGAUUAAAAUACAAUUGCCAGUGUAUUUCUUUUAACUUUUAGCAAUAAAGUACUUUAAACCCUUUGUUCCUCAUCCACAACAGGGUCCAAUAGAAACGCUGCUAAUUUGUCAUAAAGAUGAUUGUAAAAAACAAAACAAAAAAAUUGCUCUGGAUUGUCUGAAUGUCAGAACUCUUGACUGUUUAACACUUGAACUUUUUUAAUAUUAUAAAUAAAAGUAAGAAAUGAC